CGACGCCCUGAUAGAAUUUAAAGAGACAGUAGGACUGCCAACGCGUGCAGGUCAAAAAAAUCUGGGAGAAGUUGGGUUGGACGAGAAUUUGCUAAGGAAAUAUGAUGCUGAUGCAGUUGCUAAGAACAAUAUCACUAUCACUGUUGUUGGCGGUGGCAAUAGCUGUCCCUGCCCAGGAAAAGCGCGUACAUCGCCAUGGUGACCUGAGCGACCACGUGCACGACGACACACACGGCUAUCAGUACGACCAUGAGGCGUUUUUGGGCAAAGAGGAGGCCAAGACCUUCGACCAGCUGACCCCAGAGGAGAGUAAAGAAAGACUGGGGAAGAUCGUGGAUCGCAUUGACACGGACUCUGAUGGCUAUAUCAGCCACAAGGAACUGCACCAGUGGAUCAAGCACCGGCAGAGGAGGUACAUUGAGGAGAAUGUGGACAAGCACUGGAAGGAGUAUGACCUCAACAAGGAUGGACUAGUGGCCUGGGAAGAGUAUAAGAAUACCACCUAUGGCUACUACCUGGAUGAAGAGUUUGAUGAUGUUGAUGACAAGGCGAGUUACAAGUCCAUGCUGGCCAGGGAUGAGCGCAGGUUCAAAGCUGCGGACAUCAACAGGGACGGCAUCGCCACCAAGGAGGAGUUCACAGCCUUCCUGCACCCUGAGGAGUACGAUCACAUGAAGAGCAUCGUGGUGAAGGAAACAGUGGAGGAUAUCGACAAAGAUGGAGACGGACUUAUAAACCUGGAGGAAUACAUAGGUGACAUGUUCACCCCGGAGAACAGCGAGAGUGAGCCGGACUGGGUGAAGACCGAGAAGAACCACUUUGUGGAGUUCAGGGACAUCAACAAGGAUGGGUUUCUUGAUGCCGCUGAGGUGUCCAAAUGGAUCCUGCCAGGAGAGGUGGACCACGCAGAUAACGAGGCUCAGCAUCUCAUCCACGAGACGGACGCAGACAAGGAUGACCGGAUCACCAAGCAGGAGAUUCUAGCCAAUUGGAACAUGUUUGUGGGCAGCCAGGCGACCAAUUACGGAGAAGACCUCACUAAGAAGCACGAUGAGCUUUGAUGAUGUCACACCUGGGGGCGGGGUUAGGGACACCAUGGGUUUUGGUAUAUGGGGAGCUUCAUUGUGUAUUGGGGGGGAGGGUCAAUCACUGAUGUAUAGGCAGAGUUAGUCUAUGGGGAGGGUGUUAUCACAUCACAGAUAAAGGGGGUCAGCCAAAAAGGCGUGAUACAGACAGCAAUUUGUGUAUUUUUGCAUACCCCAAAAUGCAUGCCAGUUUGCUGUCACUCUGUACUCCGCCGCAAUGACAUUACUGUCCUGUUCAACACAGUUAUAUAGCACUAUAUCGUUUGCAUCAUAAACAGUUGUCGGUCUGCUGACAUUCACGGAGCCGGAAGCUGGCUGGGAUGGAGCAUUUCUGCCGCUCGCAGAACAUGUCCGGCAGAGCGGUAUAAUAAAUGCAGUUUACAGGUGCCAGUCUGGCAUUUGGGGUCAGGGUAGGUUCAGACUGCACUGACACCAACCACAGAGAGCAGAUAGCAGCACAGCGCACAGUCACGGUGUUGCUGGGACAGCAAACGCAGAGACAGGCCUGACACAAUGUGAAGACAGUUACUGCUUCCCACUUUCAAAUAUCAAAUAAAGCCAUUUUUCAUACGCGUUCCUAUAUGGUUUUUUGUAACUUCCUUAUACAAUUGCGUUUAGUUGAACACAAAUCUAGUAAGUAGGGAUAUAAAGUGCAGAUGGGAAGGUAGAACUGAUCUUUCCAAGGUCCUGGACUGGAAAUGUCCCCUGUGCUGACUGUGAGAAAGUGCAGGUUGCAGUCUCUGAACUGUGAGGCUUAGUCUGUGUCUGUGGCUGUGGCUGGUUAGCUCUAUUUUCCGCCUCUGUUCAGGAUGGCCGCCUGUCUUUGGAUGAGAUUUUGGAGAAAGCACAGUUCCUCUCUGUCAGCACCCUGACUGACUAUGGGACUCUUCUGUCAGAUGUCCACGAUGAGCUCUGACUGGCCUCACACUUCAUUGGGGAUGGAGAAUGUGGACAUAUUGUCUGAUUUUAUCUGGCUAAUAAACCAUUACUGAUUUUC